CAGACCCAUAACACAAAACCCUAAUGUUAAACCCUAACUUUGAGCUAUAAAACCCUCGUUUCUGAACCCUACUAUGUGACGUUGCCUUGUCUGUAAUUCUGCAAUUUCGUUCGAAUCAUCUCUUUGCAAGCUCAGAACAAUGGUUCCUCCUCCUCGAGGUCGCGGUGGCAGUGGUUGGUUCAGAGGUAGAGGGAGAGGUGAUGGAGGAAGAGGAGGAGGUAGAGGUACCCCUUUUAAGGCACGAGGUGGUGGUAGAGGAGGAGGCAGGGGAGGCCGCGGAGGAGGUAGAGGUGGCAGAGGUGGAGGAAUGAAAGGAGGGAGCAGGGUUGUGGUUGAGCCUCACAGGCAUGAGGGUAUUUUCAUUGCCAAGGGUGGUAAAGAAGAUGCCCUUGUUACUAAGAAUCUGGUUCCGGGUGAAGCUGUUUACAAUGAGAAAAGGGUUACUGUGCAGAAAGAGGACGGUACAAAAGAGGAGUAUAGGGUUUGGAACCCUUUUCGCUCCAAGUUGGCUGCUGCCAUUCUUGGUGGGGUUGACAACAUAUGGAUUAAACCUGGAGCCAAAGUUCUUUACCUAGGAGCUGCUUCUGGAACAACUGUUUCUCAUGUGUCUGACAUUGUUGGUCCAACAGGAGUUGUCUAUGCAGUAGAAUUUUCUCAUAGAAGCGGGCGUGACUUGGUCAAUAUGGCAAAAAAGCGUACUAAUGUUAUACCCAUUAUUGAAGAUGCUAGACAUCCAGCCAAGUACAGGAUGUUGGUUGGAAUGGUAGAUGUGGUAUUUUCUGAUGUUGCUCAGCCUGAUCAGGCAAGAAUUUUAGGGCUGAAUGCUUCAUAUUUUCUCAAAACUGGAGGCCAUUUUGUCAUUUCAAUCAAGGCAAACUGCAUAGAUUCAACAGUGCCUGCGGAGACUGUUUUUGUUAAUGAAGUCAACAAGCUGAAGGUAGAUCAAUUUAAGCCUGCUGAGCAAGUCACCCUUGAACCGUUUGAGCGGGACCAUGCUUGUGUGGUUGGUGGGUACAGAGUGUCCAAGAAGAAGAAAGAUGCUGAGUAGAUUGCUUUAGAGAAGGCAUGCAUUCGUGUAUUUCAAGCUAUAUACCAUGCUGUGAUGUUUUUUUCAGUACCAGAGAUUUCAUCGUGAUAAUUUUUUGUCUUCAAAAUGCUGGGAUUAUCGAACUUACUCCAAUUUUCUGUAGAGGAUUGUUAAUGUCUUGGAUCUUUAACAUCUUAUAUUUAAAUUGUAAUUGGUAUUUUAAUGGUA